CAUGCGGUGAAAAAAAAAUGCAAAAAGAAAGCGGCUACUUUAAGGCCCAGACCCCAUUACUGGCGUGCUUCACCGUUAGAAACUUCAACUUUCGCAUUAUGCAUGCGGAGUUUAGUUUACUUGCAGUUUCGAACUCCCGAGAAGGCCGCAUUGGUUUGGACUGUGUGUGGGUCAGAACCAAGUCUGACACUUUCUCAUUCCAGCAAGCUACGUGCUUCUCGACUAGUACUGAUGAGAAUAAUUCCUGCUCCCACAGUAUAUAUAGACAAUUGAAAAUGUUGGUAUCCUCGCUUAUGGUGUUUGGUUGCUUGUCGUGUGCGUGUUUGCUUGUGGCCCGCACAGGCCAUAUUGACGUCGUGAGCGUGUUUGCUUGACAACACCAACCACAGAUGUGGCGUAGUGGCUAGGCU